AUGAAGAAAUUUUAUUUCUGGCUUUUGCUGUUACCGGGCUGGAUAUGGGCCAAGCUAGAUGUAAAACAAAGCGCUUUCAACAAACGAUUUAUGGCCACCCUGGCUGACGGGGACUAUGAAGUCGUCCAUCCAUUUCAAAUUCGGGACAAGAAUGAACGGAUAGGAAUUGAUACGAAAAACUAUUUCCUGAGAGGCGACGAGCACUACCAGCACGUUAUUAUUGUUAUCCGCAGCAAUCAGUUGGGGAGGUUGAAGCUAGUCCUCGAAAGGAAUAAUCAUCUAUUCUUUAACCAAUCCUCUUUUCGGAAGUUGGAUAGUUAUCGUGAUCAGCCUUCUUUGCUGAAAUUCGAAAACUGCUAUUAUCAGGGAACGGUUGGUGGUGAUUCGAGCAGUUUUGUAUCGAUGAGUAGCUGUGAUGGCCUCAGGGGUGUGAUAGCCUUCUCAAAUGGAACAACUUUUGGUAUUCGGCCGCUUGAUGGAGGAGAGAAAAGCCGACGACACCCCCAUGUGCUAUAUAGAAGCCAAUGGCCGGUGGAUGUGCGCUGUGGGGUUGCUGCGACAUCAUCCAGGAGGGCCCGCAAGCAACGCCGUGAUUUGUCGAAGCAGACCAAAUUCAUUGAAAUUGCUGCCAUCGCCGAUUACGAAUUGGCAAAAGCGGAAGGAUUAGAAGAAAAGAAUAUUUUUAAUCUGCUCCUUGAAGUUGUUAAUACGGCCGAUUUGAUGAUCUCACGAGACCUGAACGUACGGCUAACGAUGGUGUAUUCCGAACAAUGGCUGGAUGCAGAGAGGAUAGACAUCGAUGAAGAUAUUAACAAGAUGCUGCAUGGACUUGUCGACUACGCGACGGGGCAUCUUUAUGGAACUGCAAAGGAUAUGACUUUCCUGCUGACGAAUGCGACGUUUGCAAAUAUCGAAUAUGCCGUAGGGACGACUGGUAGUGUGUGUACUGCCAGAGCAGCUGCACUUGUCAAGUCGGUCUCCCCGUUCCACAGCCAUUUGACGGCCCAACUACUGGCUCAACAGAUUUCCCAUUUAAUCGGUCUCGACCAUGAUGCCCCUUCUUGUAAAUGUCCGGGUGGCGUAUGCGUGAUGAACCAGCAUGUCAGCCGCAAGUCUUCGUUUGCCUGGCAAUUCUCCAAGUGCUCCGUGGCUAAGUCACAUUCUGUAUGGGCAAGGGGGAAUGUUCAUUGCCUCCUGAACGAGCCGUUCCAGGAAUGGAAGCUGCGUGAAUGCGGCAAUGGAAUUGUGGAUCAUGGGGAGGAAUGUGAUUGUGGGCCCAGGGAAAAAUGCCAAGAUCCCUGCUGUGAUGCUCUAACUUGUACACUACGACCACAUGCCCAAUGUGCAGCACAUCAAGAUUGUUGCUACCGCUGCCAGAUCCGUCGUGCUGGGGAAAUCUGUAGACCAUCCAACGGUUCUUGUGACGUGGCGGAAGUUUGCGAUGGUACUAGUGGAAAUUGUCCAGCAAACGGAUACUUAGUGGAUGGUACCGCCUGCGGAGACGUUGGGCAAUGUUGGCGAGGUGCUUGUUCCGAUCCGCGAGCGAUGUGCACAAAAAUCUGGGGCCAUGGCGCCAACGUUGGUCAAGAUGAGUGCUUCGCCUACAACACGCGAGGUCAUGAAUUCGCGAACUGCGGCCAAGACGGAAAGGCGUUGAAGCAGUGUGAAAUUCCGGAUGUGCGUUGUGGGUCACUGUACUGCACGGGCGGGUCGCCUAAUCCGAUUAUACAAGUCGAGGCAUCGACACUUCACCUUAACAAACUGGAUGAAACGGUUGAAUGCAAAUCAAUAUCCUACUCUGCAAACUCAUUGCUUGCUCUGACCCCAGACGGGAGUGCUUGCGGAUCAGGCCGAGUUUGUGUGGCUGGCAGCUGUGUGGACGCAAAGCAGGUAUCCACCGCCGUUUUCUGCCCCUCGAACAACCAUGCGCUGCAAUGCUCUGGACAUGGUGACUGCACGACAACAGCAGUGUGUGUAUGCUUUGCGGGCUGGACUGGGCAAGCUUGCGAUACCCGGCUUCGGAACAACAGUUUUGAUCUUCCUACUGGACCGGUUGUCUUGGUUCCAUCAAUUGCUGCCGGAAAAUCGCUAGAUACACCGACGCUGCUUGGGAUUUUGUUAAUUGUCGGCCUGAUCCUCUUGCUGCUGCUCGUUUUCCUUCUCUUCUGCUAUCGCCGUCGUUCUUUUGUCGACAUUAGCCAACCAAAAGAUGAAUACAGCGCGGAUGGUGAUGGCUCUCCAGAUGAUGCUGGGCGAAGUAUCAAAUUUGGCAAAAUGCCCAGCUAUCGGGAAGAAAAACAACGUCACAAAAAUAACAAGCCGGUUUAUCGGGCGCUGAAUAGAAUACAGGAAGCUGAAGAACGGGAGCGCGUUGUUUUAACGGAAUACGUCAGUUCCAGUCAACAUUCACUGCAAUGUAUCAAUCAGCCCGAUGAUUUUCCGAUACACGAUGAACCGGCAGAGGAAUGGGAGAGAGGCCUUCCUGGGGAGACAGCUCCUUUGAAACUCAGUAAUCUGGGCUUGAUGUUGAAGCAGCUGGGCGGAAGUGGAUCACCAUGCGCCUCGCUUCAUUCCGAGCAUUCACAUCAUCCAUUCCACCCGGUUCAAAAUCUCCACGGAUCUCCCCAUGCCCAUGCUUCUGUUCCAUCGGAUAGCGAGACAUCAGGCGUCGAAGUUGAUCAUUCCGGUGAAGAAACACGGCGAUCACCUGAAGGCUCAAUUCUUAUGAGACUACAGAAAAGAUGGGAAGACGACAAAUCAGAUGAUACCUACAAAGAAACAUCCCGCGGGGAUUACCGUACCCAAGUUCCCGGCGCCAAUCAAGGAGCCCAUCGACUCUUCUCAGACUCAUUUCAACUUGAGAUGAGUCACAACAGC